UUGCGCGAUGAGGACGUGCCGUUCGCGCCGCUCCAGCUUUAACUGCUACUACCACUCGCCGAUUUGAGUAUACCGUACGAGUAUAACAGUUCGUAAAAUCGACAUUGAUUUCGUCGCUACUCGUUCGUUGUUUAUUCGAUCGUUGAUGUUUUCGUUGUUGUGUCUUACGUUUGUGCUACGAGUUUCCAAUUAAAAAUAAAUCAAAAAAAAAAAAAAAAAAGAAGAUAACGUUACAGGGAUUAAAUUUAUCGCGAUCUUCGAACCAUGAAGCUCGUGUCGGUGAUGCUGCUGCUGCUUCGAGCAGCGAUGAUCGGUACGAUCGUCGUCGUUGACGGAGCCGAGUUUCAGCGCGUCGUUAGCGCCGCUUCGAGCGGCAGCCACGAUCUCAUCGGCUCGGAGGACGAGCUCGCGAGCACGGUCAAGCUGCUGCAGGAGCAGGUCGCGGCGCUCCUGGUGCAUCGCCAGGAGGACUACGACGCGCUCGAGGCGAGCCUGAAGCGCACCAUGGAGAAGAACACGGAGCUGAUCGUGCUCAAGAACGAGAUCAAACAGUUGAGGAAGGAGGUGAUCUAUCUGCGCCAAAAUUCAGCCCUCCCAGUCAGCGGCAACAACAUCGACGCCGGCGCUGCUGCUGCUGGUGGCGGUGGCGGCUCGGACAUUAGCAGCGGCAGCAACAAAAACGAGCGGCUACGUCUGCGCUGGCUCGCCGACGCCGUGCAAGAGCUCAGGGCCGAGCUGGCCGAGGUGCUACGCGCCAACAACGCCAGCGAGGACAUGGCCGAGAGAGCCAAGUCGAGAGCCGAGAUGGAGCUGCUGAGGGCGGAUUACGCCGGUCUGGGCCACGUCGCGCGCAAACUGGAGGGCCGGAUGGAUCGCAUGGAGGCGAGCUUCGCCGGGAUCAGGGUGGACGAGGAGGACAGGACCGACAGGAUCGACGAUUUCGCUAGUCAGCUAACUGCCCUGCAAACCGAGCUGAAGUCCUACAAACGCGAACUCCAGCUAGUCACGAAGAAGAACCAAAAACCGCAAGUCGUAACGGCCGCCGACAUCAAGGAGGAGAAGGAGGAGGACGAUUCCCGAGAGAUCCUCAAGAACGAAAUCUUCCAACCGUCGUCGUCCGAGGACGACGUGCCCACGCUUCACCACACGCGACACGUCUACUCGCGCCUACCAACCGCCGUGAGACGUCUCGAGGCUCGUCUAUCCAAGCUCGAGCGCAGAGCCAAUGUCAACGCCAAGAAAAGUCAUCGUCGUCGUCAACGUGUGCUACAGCGAGUCGUGUACGAGCCCGAGGACUACCAGCAGAUGUUCCACCGUCUCAAUCUUCUCGAGGCCAUGUCCAGCCGCGUGAACGACAAAUUACGCAACGUCUCGGAAACGGCCCGGGUCUCCAACGAGUUCGGCCAGUCCGUCGUCCACAUGUUCGAGUCCCUGUCCUCUCUGGAGGAACGCCUCGUGGCCAAUCAGUCUCUGACCAAAAGGGAGCUCGUCCGUCUCGACGUUCAGCAGCAACAGCAGAGCGCCGAUCUCUCGGUCGUACGCGCCGAUCUCGGCAAUCUCCAAAAAGCCGUUCAGGCUCUGAGCGUGAGCGCCUCGAAGCUGCAGGAACGCGCCGACUCGCAGCAGACGAGCCUGGAAGAGCUGCGGGACUUCGAUCUGAAGCAGGUCAAGGCCGGCGUGGACGUGGCGAGGGUCGAGAAUCUCACGAGGGAGCUCGAGCACGUCGAGGACGAGUACAGGCUGAUGGUCGACGCUCUGCCCGGCAACUGCCAGGAGAAGGAGGGCCUGACCCUGCUCGCGCCCGGACCCGGAGCGCCUCUGCUGGCCGCUUGCCGGAAGGGCUGGAUCGUCGUGGGCCGUCGCGUCGACGGCACCGUGGACUUCGAUCGAUCCUGGAACGACUACGCCCAGGGCUUCGGCUCGCCCAUGAACGAGUUCUGGGCCGGCAACGAGGCGCUGCAUCGGCUCAGUCGGGACAAUUGCACGAGGCUGCGGGUGGAACUGAACGACAUCGAGGGCAAUUACUGGGUGGCCAAUUACGAGGACUUCUCGGUCGACAGCGAGGACAACGGUUACAGGUUGAGGGUCGGGGGAUACAGCGGCAACGCCACCGACGCCAUGGACUAUCAGAACAACAUGAGGUUCUCGGCCAAGGAUCGAGAUCUCGACAUCAGCUCGACCGACUGCGCGGCCAAUUAUCACGGCGGCUGGUGGUUCAGUCACUGUCAGCACGCGAAUCUCAACGGGAGAUACUCUUUGGGAUUGACCUGGUACAGGACCGACGUGAACCAGUGGAUGGCCGUUGCAUCCGCGGAGUUGUCGGUACAGAGGAAGCAGCAGUGCUUGUAAAAAAAAAAAUAAGUAAAAAGUAAAGAAAUUUUAGGAUUGUGUCGAGUCAAUGCCGCGAGCUCGUUCCUGGGGAGUGAGCCGAUAUAUAAAAUGUAAUUUGUAUACCCAAGUAUGCGUGUGAAAAGUGUAAGUGUGCGAAUGUGUAUCAGCGAUCAACCAAACCCGAUUCCAAUCGAGUCUUGCUCUAUUAAUAAUUAUAUGUAUAACAUGUGUUUGUGUGUGAAGAAAACGACAAUCGAGUUUCGUUGUAUACCUUUUGAUUUUUUUUUUCGUCGCUUGAAAAUUAUAGUCAAUGUUGGAUGGGGACUAGUAAAAAAAAAAAUAAUAGAAGAGUCAUCUACUAAUUAAUGUAAGAUACGAUCGUGAUUUCCUACUUAUCGUUGGAAAUACAAUUGUAAAUAAAUUUUAUCUAUAAAAUGUUCGCUGCUCUGGGGGAAAUGUCGAAAUUUUGAU